CCGCAGAGCAAGGAGACCCUGCUGCAGUCCUACAACAAGCGCCUCAAGGACGACAUCAAGUCCAUCAUGGACAACUUCACGGAGAUCAUCAAGACUGCUAAGAUUGAGGAUGAAACCCAAGUCUCUCGAGCAACCCAGGGCGAACAAGAUAACUAUGAGAUGCACGUCAGAGCUGCAAACAUUGUCCGAGCUGGUGAGUCCCUGAUGAAACUUGUGUCCGACCUGAAGCAGUUCUUGAUCCUCAAUGAUUUCCCCUCUGUGAAUGAAGCUAUCAACCAGCGCAACCAGCAGCUGAGGAGCUUACAGGAGGAAUGUGACAAGAAGUUGAUUGCACUACGGGAUGAGAUCUCCAUUGACCUGUACGAGCUAGAAGAAGAAUAUUACUCUUCCAGCUACAGUCUGUGUGACAGCAAUGAUCUUCCGCUGUGCGAAGCCUACUGGAGACAAGACUUUGCCACGCUGUCCCCCGAGAGCCUCUCCAUGCCUCUGACAGCUGCCACCGCGGAGCAGAGCAUUGCUCCCUCCCAGAGCUCGACCCCGUCGCACCCUCACGUGAACGGGCACGGGGCAGGCCCCGCCGAGCACUCCUGAAGAGGAUCCUCUGCCGCUGGACCCAGUCCU